UGUACCUUACCUUUUAGAACCUUGGAAGCUCUACGUCGAAAAGCCACAUGUAGCUGUCUAAGUCAAAACCAUAACGCCGUUGAUCAUUUACAUCCAUUGGCGCUACUCAUCUUUUUCAUGAGUAGCCCAUUCGGUCUUUAUUCGUCAUGAAGUUCUCUGCGGUCGCAGCUACCUGCCUCACUUUCUUUUCGCAGGUCUUUGGUGAAGCUACCACAGCUGGUCCAUCGUCGUCGAAAGUCAUCCUUCCGGCCACCUUCAAGCCACCCCAGGUCUUUAAGAAUGCAAACCUGGUGCAUGUCAUCUCUUUAGAAAAGAAUUAUGCGAGGGAGGCUAUCAAUGUUUUGAUCGAGAACGUAUCAUCGGAACCUCAAGAUGAAUACUUCCUCCCAUUUACGAAUGCGCAGCUAGAACGAGCCGGUGGUAUUGAGGUGAAGGACCGAAAAGAUUCUAGCAUAUCUGGCUUUGUCGUAGAGGUUGUCGAAUUCGACCCAUCGAGUGAUAUCCAAUACUAUCGCAUUCGACUACCCGCACCCUUGCCGGCCAAGGGUCAACAGACCCUAGGUAUCACGUUCUACUACCUUGACACCUACUCACCCUUACCGGCUGCGAUCGAGCAAUCCGAUAAGCAAUACCUCGUCUACCAGUUCUCGGCAUAUGCCCCGUCAGCCUAUCCCACGUUGAAGCAGAAGACUGAGAUUAAGCUUCCAUCUUCUGAUAUUCCCGAUUAUACCAAGAUUGCUGGUAGCGGCGAUGUCAAGGAAUUCCCUCAAAAGCAAGGCUCCAAGCUUACCUACGGCCCCUUCCCCGAGGUCCCAGCCGGCGCAGUAUCCCCAGCGAAGGUGAGGUUCGAGUUUACGAAACCCGUUACCCACGUGUCGCUAUAUGAGCGGGACGUCGAAGUCAGCCAUUGGGGAGGAAACGUCGCAUUCGAAGAGCGAUACACUCUUUACAACCACGGCGCAAAUCUCUCAUCUCAGUUUAACAGGGUCAAGUUUGCGCAAUCCCAGUACUUCAACCCUCAGUCGUACGCCUUGAAAGACAUUAAGGUUCCCCUUCGGGUUGGAAGUAAGGAUGCUUACUUUACGGAUGCGAUUGGUAACGUGUCGACUUCGCGCUUCCGUUCUAACCGACGAGAGGCUUUGCUCGAACUCAAGCCCCGUUAUCCCGUUUUCGGCGGUUGGAAGUAUCCAUUCACAAUUGGCUGGAACGCAGAUGCUAAGAGCUUUCUGCGAAAGAAGUCUGGUGACAGCUAUCUAUUGAAUGUGCCCUUCAUUGAGGGACCCAAGCAGCCUGAAGGAACCGCGUAUGAACAAGUCCAAGUUCGCGUACUUCUACCUGAGGGUGCUGAUAACGUUCGUUUCUAUACGACGGUUCCUGAGUCGUCCAUUACCGAUUUCACAGUCGAUAAGCAAAAGACAUAUUUGGACACUAUCGGUCGCACAGUGUUAACAAUCAAAGCGAGGAACUUGGUGGACGACUUCCGAAGCCGCGAUCUUAUCGUAUCUUACGAUUAUUCGCUGGCGGCCAGCCUUCGCAAGCCAUUGAUCGUCUUCUCAAGCAUGGUGGCGUUAUUUGUUGGGAUGUGGGCGAUCUCCAAGGUGGAUGUGAAGUUCUCGACGAAAUAAAGGGCGUUUGGUUCUUUUUGGGACUAGGUACAUAUGCGUAUGUGUGUACAUUACAGGUUUUCCAAAAGGAUUUUAUGGUGGCCUGGGAAAAUUCUAGAGUAGCCCAGAGCAUAGCUCCGGCGCGAUGAAUACUGAAAUGAAUUGAAAAUUUCCAACUUCA